AUGCUACCGGGGCUCUCUAAUGAUAACGAGUCCUAUGCUACCGGCCUGCAUGCUGUCGGGUUCUCUAAGGUGCCGGGUCCACUAUGCUACCGAACUCUAUACUACUGGCCCUCUAUGGGCCCUGCUAUGCUACCGAACUCUAUGCUGACCUCUAUGCUACCGCCCCCCCUCUAUGCUACCGCGCUACCCGCCCCCCCCUCUAUGCUACCGAACUCCUAUGUACCGACCUUCUAUGCUACCGCCCCCCCUCUAUGCUUACCGAACUCUAUGCUACCAGACCUUAACUACCGCCCCCUUAUGCCGAACUCUAUGCUACCAACCUUCUAUGCUACCGCCCUUAGCUACCCUAUGCACCAGACCUUUCUAUGCUACCGGCCCCCCCUCUAUGCUACCGAACUCUAUCGAAUGGCCCCCCUCUAUGCUACCGAACUCUAUGCUACCAGACCUUCUAUGCUACCGCCCCCCCUCUAUGCUACCGAAAUACUCAGACCUCUGCUACCGCCCCCCCUCUAUGCACCAGACCUUAACCGGCCCCCCCCUCUAUGCUACGAACUCUAUGCUAUACCAGAACCCCCCCUCUAUGCUACCGAACUCUAUGCUACCAGACCCUCUAUGCUACCGCCCCCCUCUAUGCUACCGACUCUAUCUACCAAUGCUACCCCCCCCCCCCUCUAUGCUACCAGCCUUAUGUACCCCCCCCCCUCUAUGCUACCGAACUCUAUACUACCAGACCUUCUAUGCUACCGCCCCCCUAUGCUACGAACUCUAUGCUACCAGACCUUCUCUAUGCUACGCCGCCCCCCCCCUCCCCCCCCAGACCUUCUAUGCUUACCGCCCCUAUGCUACCGACUCUAUGCUACCGCCAGGCGAACUCUAUGCACCGGUCCCUUGCAUGACCGGUGA